AUGGAUCUUGAUGCUUCAAAUUAUGUCAACGAUGUAAGUGUUUUUUAUUUCAAACUUCCGCCUUACAGGUUUGCCAUACACGUCUUCAUUUGUUGUUCCUUUCAAUGUCGUUUUAAGUUUCUUUCCCACGAACGUUCCCUAAUACAACCGGAUUAAUUGUGACCAAAGUCUGUUUAGUGACGCUGCGCCUUGUAGCCGUAAUGACCUGUUUUAAAUAAGCCCCACAAUGGGCUAUUAUGAAUUAUUGCUGCCGCGUGAACCAAUUGGUCGAGUUUUAAGUUUAAUUCCCUCGACAAAGCCCUUGGUUUUAGCUGGUCUCGUGCUUAAUUCAUGGGUACCCAAACGUAUGUUGUAGAAAAGAUUCAUGGACAGAAUCUAUUAAGACUUUUGGGACCCUGUAUCGACAGAUUUACCAACUUUGCAGGUAGUACGAUUGUCGUGACAUCCUCCCCGAGAGAGUUGAGACGGAUCCGGUCGUUGGUAGUGCUGUCCUGCUUCCCAUCCCCAAGAGGGGAGUUCAAACGAAAUGCCGUCGUUGCAGAGAAACUAUCCCAGAUAACGUUGCUGCGAGGAUCUUUAUGACCAUUCUCCUGUGUCUUUUUUGCUGUUCCCAGACAGCGGAGUGAGGGGGCGAUUGGCAGGCAAGGGUGGACUGGGGAGGUUUCCUCAUCGACAAAUUAUUUAUUUUGCGGCUGAUCUUAGCGCAACUAUAUAGUUUCCAAAAGAACUCGACGAAUUGUCUCGCGAUUUCUUUGUUACCUUACCGCCGAUAUGUCCGUGAAAUCCCUUUAACCACCCUGCAUAAUACCACUUCACAAGAGAAAAUGUCCGGGCGUACGGGGAAGAGAACGAGUACAUCACUAAUACAGGCGUCCAACAUGGUUGCGUUCUCUCACUGUUCCUCCGUGGCAUUCUUCGAGGACACACGGGUAGCGCAAAGCCUCUAGGGUCCUGCCUAUGUUUAUAACAUCACUCUGUCAGGAAAUUCCAUCGAGGUGGAAUUCGCCCUUUAUCAAAUGAUUUUUGCCUCCUGCAAGUCCGGCAUACGAGAAAAACCGAAGAACAGCUCGUUGACUUCACAUCACAAGAAGUGCCCCUCUUCCUCAUAGCUGUCGAAGGACUGGUGACAUUCAACUCUCCUGUCUGUCUCUGGCCAAUAGCCAAUUGCCAAGAGGACAUAAGCCGCCGCACACAGCUUACUUACCACAUGCCUGCUGGGUUCUGGGAAUGCCUGUUAUUUGACUGUUCGGUUCAACUAGAGGCAGAAAAAUUAAGGCAAAAAUCAAAGCCAUCCUGUUCUAUUGUCUCAGAAACCGAUUCCUACGCCCUACUGGUCUUAAGGAAGAUUGAAUUUUACGAUUCCACCUACAGAGCAAUCAGUGCACGUUUUAGCCUCAGUGACGUCUACAAAGCUGAUGAGCGACUGCUUAUCUUUGCAGACCAGUACCAUCUCUGUCGAACGACCAGAGUACUUCACUGUUUCCAAAGUCUCCUUAUCUGGUACACCAUGUACGGGACCUCAUCUCGUCUAAUAGGCAAAAUCCUUAUGAAUUCAUAUUUCUGAUAGUUGCCGGACGCUGGUUAGUGCGGUGUUCUAAAACGGGUGAGGUCAAGAGAUCUGAUAGCAUUCUGACUCACCUACGCCGCGGUAUCUAUUUCCUUGCUGUCCUGAAUUGCUGAAUACUAGAAGUCUUGACUCAGAACCUGUACGAACUAUAGGUUUUUGAAGUGUUAACAGUCAAAGCUAACAAUUGCUUUGCAUCGGGACGCGCACAACAGAACACCAACGCGUGUGUAGCGUUAAAAUCUGCCGUCCAUGGUGUCACUGAGGAAGCAGCCCGCUUCCCCUAACGACGUUGUAGUUGGUGUCUGUACGUCAGCAAUAAAUUAUUCAGUCAUCGAUGUCAAGCCCACACUGCGUGAUGUCAGUCCUUACUAACACUUUCAACAACUACGACAACCGCCAAUACACAGAGCUGUUAAUCCAAAAUCUCCGUCUCCGUGGAAUAUGUCACAAUCGUCACCGACAUGAUCAUGCUAUCUUGACUGUGAACUCGUUUGAAGGGACAUAUGCAUUCUUGGUGAACGCGUCCAUAAACAUACGAGUCGGCGUUCAGUGCUCUACAAAGCUGGGCUGUUAGUCUGAAGGCCUCAACAAGCUCUUUCUUUCUCAAGGGCCUUCUCGUUUCAGGGGACCCCUUCUGCCUCAUUCUGCAGGCUUUACGUUCUGCGCGGGUUGCCGACGCCUAACGAAAGUGCAGUUAUUUUAUCCUACCGUUCUGGGCACUGGGUAAUAAAAAGACAUAAGGACUUACCUACCAGUUCGGUCAUCCGGUGGAGGGCCUAUAACCAGUCGACCCCAGCCCAAGGCCAACCAUGCCAACUAUCCUAGAUUCCAGGCUGCAGGCUGACGUGGACUAUGCCUACAGAGUCUCAAUUCUUUUAUCUGGCUUUAGUGGCCUGAGUAAGAGCGCCUUAAAGGCAGACCAAGUUACUAAGUCCGUUCGCCUAGUUAUAACUAUGGCAAAGGGUAAGAGCUUCUAUAAUCACAUUUUUGGGUAAGAUAAAUUACUUCUGCUCCUUGGUUAUUUGAAAUCCAGGAGGUGAAGCGCCUAACCGACAUUAGGGCCAUCUUUUAGUCUAGGGCUGAGAACGGAAAUGCAUCUUUCUUUCGGAUAGCUACAGCCUGCCGAGCCGUAUGCAUCCCCCGAUUAGUCAUGAUAUCAAAAUCUUUAUCAUGAAUCUGCUAUUUUGCAAGUACCAGGCAAUGUAGUCUGAAAAUGAACGAACGCUUGCAGAGUCCGAUUGUCACCGUUUGCAAAAAAUUUCCCACAUGUGUUAAUCUGUUUCAUAUCCAACAAAGCAAUUCAUUUCAACUGCGGGGAUCCACAGAGACUCGUGUAUCGUCUCUUAACGGGAAUCCAAGUAGUCUGGACGCACUUCGCGAUGGAAAUCGAAUGGCUUCGCCUCUGCAUUAUUGACAAGAAAGGCGUAACCGAAGGUGUAUUUUGCUGCUGACCGCCAUGAAUCUGAGGAUGUAGUCGGGCAAACGGUUUGGGAGGUCCAACUUAGGAAGUGAAGUGUAUGAGCUACUGAGCUUUGAUCCUCACCACAGGCAUCCCUACGUAUGGGUCGGCCAGUGAUGGUCGUGGCUACCAUAGUUCGACGAUUGAUGGCAGUCCACGGGGUCUUACGUACAUUGAAAGACAGUCCCGAGGCCUUUCGCAAGUUGCGAACGCGCAUCGCAUGUUCUUGCGUUUGCCAUUAGAUUUUGCACUAAUAUCCUUGGGCCAUGACCAAGAUCUCGCUUCCACUGAGAAUUCCUGUUUUUUUCGACAAGCAGAAAGGAAGGGGCUUCUCGAUCGACCAGAUGAGGUGUAUGACAAAACUAAAGAAUAUGAACUCAUUCUCGCAUAAUCCAAUUGGCUAUCAGCGGACCUCAAGUUUUUUCCCUUGGGUUGAUGUCCUGUUAUAUUUCGCGGAUGCCGACCGUAUGCCAAUUUUCGUUUGUCCCGCUCAAACUUGUAGAGGAAAUAAGCAAAAAGUUACGAGCACCCCGACUGGCGUACUUUGGGCAUCCCAACACGCUCUACAGUAUGAAGUCUGACGUUUUUCGUUGUGAUCUCGUCUAGAAUGGUGCGUGACCUGUGUUAAAUUACCUUUAUGACAUAAAAGAUGUAGUUAGGAGCCAAUUAAGAUUCCGUCAACUUAUGAUGGAGUUUGGGGACCUGGAGUUAUCGAGUCUCCAUCUUGCCUGAGAAGUUCAGCGUUAUGAGAGCGCACACUCGAUUCUCUGUUUUCAAAAUGACGGUGCCCUGGCAAUCAGAAUGUAAUUAUUUUGACAUCUUUUGCCAACGUUCCACCAACUGCGUCUUUUCACCAAGUCUCAUCUCUUUAAUUUAUUUGCGGAUGAACUGAUCGAAAGGAAAAUCAGAGUGAGUCUUUAAAGGCUAUUCUAUUGACAUGGACUUCAGAUUGGAUUUCACACAGUAUGUUGUACUGCUGCCUGCGAACCCCUCAACUUGUUAGCUUAGAAAGGGUUGGCGGAACCGGCUAAUCGUCGUCCUACCAGUGUCAGUUCUCCCUGUCAAAAAGUCGCUGCGAGUACUCCCCAGUUUUGUCUUGUUUAUGUUUUUUUCUUGGGAAAGAUCAAUCGAUGAACUGGCGAACUCAACAGCUGUCCAUCGAAUAGGGCAUGGGGUACUCGUUCUUCGAACUUGAUGCGUCUGUACCCCAUUUUUUCCUCAUUGAUUUGCUUUUGAGUCGCUGUUUGUGUGAAAGCGAGCUACUAAUAUUCCUAAUAGUGUUUUAAAUGCCAAUACUUUUACAAUUUUCGACAAAUUUCCAGAGUUCAAUCGAAAUGUCAUGGGCGAUUGCUGCAUAUGACCAUGCAGAGACACACUUCAGCCUCCUUUGCGUCGUUCCUGACUGCCGCCAGCUGAGGUUGUCAUCUAACGAUGAUCUCAUCUACAAGAAAUUCCGUCAGGCAUUUCCAGAUCUGGAAGUUGAACAUUUGUCCGAGGAAAUGCUUAAAUCCCCAGAACAGAAAGAGGCAAGUCGAAUUGUCGAAUUAUAA